GCCGACAAUACUUCCACUAGUGUCUUGGUGAGCCAUAAAGCCAAGGCCGUCAGUACUUCCUCUAGUCUCUUGGUCAGACACCUCAAUGUUGGAUGUUCAAAUAUGAAAGCGAGAGUGCAGAUAUCAUUUUUGAUGUCGCACAUAUUCAAACCCCAGUUGUUACUCGGAGUGAGGUUUUGUAUUGGAUGGAAGGCAGAAGUAGAAUCGUGGUUUACGAUCUGAACAACAAUGGUGACACUGGUAGCUGCCGGUGUACAUUGAUUGACUUGCCUGACCUGCAGUGGGGUGAUAGUUAUAUGGAAGAGUUACGAUAUGAUAAGGACCACACUCAUUGUCUUGGGGAAUCAGAAGGGUUGCUUUGUUAUGCUAGAAUUAUGAGAAACCAGAGGACUUUGAGUGUUUGGGUGCUCGAGGAUAACAAAUGGUGUUUGCUUCACAAAGAUAUCGACUUACAUGAUAUUUUUGCAGAAAUGAGUAACAAAUCUUACGAAGUUGAAUCCGAACAAGAAGAACAACAAGAAGAAGAUGAAGGGAUGAAUGUGGAAGAAGAAGAUGAAGGGAUGAUUGUAGAAGAAGAACAAGAUGGGGAAGAAGCUUUAAUGGCAGUGCAUGUAUUAUGUUUCAAUCCAGUCGACAAAGAUGUUGUUUUUCUUAGUUACAACAAUUGUGUUUGGGCGUUCCACACUCGAACCAAAAGAUACGAAGAGCUCUCUCUCCCUUCUUUCUUGGCCGGCAUGCAUUCAACUUAUCGCUAUCGUAUCUUCUUCCCGUUUGUUCUAAACCCAUUGCCAACUAUACUUCCACCACCUUCUUGGAUGGACACUACAGUAGAAUUAAGCUAG